AUGUCAGCUUAUCAGAUUCUGUUCUUAAUGAUGAAACUGACGGAGAAAUAAUUCUUUAUAAAGGAAAAUUCAAUCUUAAGAAGGAUUCAAAUGGCUAUGUUACCUCAGAAAAACUUGAAAUCAUUAACUCAUCUGAUCAAUUACAUACUGAUGAAUCCAAUGAUGAUGGCAGCAUAUCGGAUUCUGUUCUUAAUGAAGAAACUGUCAAUGAACUAAAGUGCCAAUUUAAUCUUAAGAAGGAUACUAAUGACCAUGUUACCUUAGAAAAACUUAUAGAAAUCAUUAAUUCAUUUGAUCAAUUAACGAUUGAUGCAGAGGAUGUGGAUUAUUAUGUUAAAGAAUUAAAGUAUGAGAAAAAAAAUUAUGAUUUUGAAACAUGUUUAAAAUUUUUUUCUAAUGAAAAAUUAAUAACGGAAAAAUGCGAAGAAAUUAUUGAAAUAUUUACUCAAUUUUCUGAAGAUGGCUACAUUGAUGCUAAUAUAGUACAAGAUUUGAUAAAAUCAUACACAAGCGUAAAAUCAAAUAGUUAUUUAGAAAAAAUAAUUAAAAAAGCUUAUCAGAACAAUAAUGGUAAACUCAAUUUUAGCGACUUUGCGACAUUGAUGCACUCAUUGUAAAUUCAAAAUAAAAUUUGCUUAGUGAAUUUUUUAUUAAGAAUUGGAUGAAAUAUUGAAAUAUAAUAUUAUUUAUUUGUUAACCUUUUAUAAUAAAUAAAUAAAAAAUUAUUAAUAAACGA